AGACACCAAAACAACGCCCUCUCUAGCCUUCUUGUCGCUUGCUUGCUUGCUUGCUUUCGAGAAAAACAACGUGAACGUGGUCUUAGUUAAUUUAUUUACAAUUGUAAAUUAUUUCCUCAAUCAUGGAGGCGGGGGACGCCGCCGCCGAUUCUCCCAAAUUGAACGAUUUGGCUGCUAAUAUGUUCCAGAAAACAGGGGAAUAUAUCCAAGCGGAACUAUCAUCAACAUUGGACGACUACAGGCUCACAGAAGAGAUGAACCGAGUCACGAUAACAAAGUACAGCGACAUGAAACAGAUUGCGGGCAAUGUGACGAGGGCCUUGAAAGAUCUGAACGAAAAGUACAAGUGCCUCAAGCCAUACUUGGAUCAGAUUGACCAGGUCGAAGACAGCGUGACGAAACUGGAACAAGCAGCCUACAAGUUGGAUGCCUAUUCCAAACGACUUGAGGCAAAGUUCAAGGCAUUGGAGAAGCGCUGAGAGGUUGCAGGACCGCCAUGCAAAGCUGUGGCAUAUGUAUAUUGUCUUCGAAUGUACAUAAAUUUAUAUUGAGUCGGGAAA